GCUUUCCGCGCUGGCUUCACAGAACAUCGUCAGCCGCACGAAGAAAUGGACGUCGACUGGGGCGGCGACGAAUUGCCAACACCUGUGGUGGACUUUUCUGGACAGGAACUGAACGCGGAAAGCCUGGAAUCACGGCUCCUAGAGGCAGCUUCAUCUCAAGAGGGUGAUGGCCAGGCGCCCCCCCGGUCACUGCGGCUUGAACGCAACAGGCUGGACCGGCUGCCAUCGGCCGCCCUGGCGCCCCUGGGACUGCGGUUGCACACGCUAGACGUGAGCAACAACGGAUUGACCAGUUUGGGCGAACAGCUACCGUGCCCUUCCCUGCGCGUGUUGUUGGCGCGAGGCAAUCGACUGAAUGAGCUGCCCAAGCACUUGCCGUCGCCACUACAGGUGCUCAACUUGUCGGGCAACCAGUUCACCACACUGCCCGAUCAGCUGACGCAGCUUACCGAACUUCGCCACCUCUACAUGGGAGGCAACUUGCUGACCGAGCUACCGGACUGCGUCGGAAACAUGCUCAGCCUGGAGGCUCUCUACCUGGGCGGCAACCAACUCGAAGAACUUCCAGCAUCGCUGGGCCGACUGUGGCGGCUCCAUAGCCUGGGUCUCAAUGGCAACCGUCUAGCCAGCGUGCCGGCCUCGCUGGCCGACCUGCGCAGCCUGUGCUCACUGGCGCUGCACGACAACCGGCUGCGCACACUGCCUCCUGGGCUGGUGCAGCUGGGCCAGCUCGUCGAGCUGAGCUUGCGCGGCAACCCGCUGGUGGGCCGCUUCGUGCAUGACCUCACGUACCGGGCCCCCAGCCUGCGCGAGCUUGCUGCCCGUUGUGUGAUCCGCGCAGGCCUGCACAAGUCGUACGAGGCGCGCGUCUACCUGCCAGCCAGCGUGCGCGAGUACCUAGCCUCGGCGCAGCACUGCGUCAAUCCACGCUGCGGCGGCGUCUAUUUCGACAGUCAUGUGGAGCGGAUCCAGUUCGUGGACUUCUGCGGCAAGUACCGACUGCCGCUGCUGCAAUACUUGUGCUCGGCGCAUUGCAGCUCACAACUGCAGGCCGACUCUUCUGCCUCGUCAUCGUCAGUCCAAGAACAGCUAGAAGAGGACCCCGAUCGCUUGCGACGUGUGCUGCUUGGCUGAGGUUGUGGCCCUCGAGGAUGUUGGGUGCAGUGUGGGCGCAGUUUAAUAUUAAAGGGACUGCGUAGUGUCAUGGACUUCUGCACAUACGGAGCUUGCAUGCCAUCGCUAUGCUGCAGACGUGAUAAUGUACAGACAUAAACGCACGCUACAGAAAGAACCAGUGGCAUCUUGAGGCAGGCACGCCUUUGUCCCUUACCUUAUUGCCGUGAGAUUUUAGACGCCCUGGAGAGAAUGGUUAUGUGUCACAAUAAGACUCCCGAUUUUAUUUGAAGUUUUUAAGAAUACGCCUGCUUGUUCACAAAGAGGUGGUGUUUUAAAACUCCUUACACAGUUUACAGACGCAGGCGACUCUUCAUAGAAUGGCAGAAAAAAAACUUGUGCUGCAGGUUUUUCAGUGACCUUGUUGGCAAAACUGUGUAUAGCUUGAGAUAGGUAGCAGCAAAAUAAAACAAAAUGCUUGAUCAAGCUAUGUAAGUCACUCAGUUCUCGAGCUACAGUGACCAUGGGUAUUAAUUUCUGUCAAUUUUUUUUUCUGCCAAAAAUGGGAGGCUACGUUACUACACAUGCCCAUCACUAUAGAUUAUGGGCCCAAUUUCAUUACGUUCACUGCUCUCUGUUUGUUUACUUCAGUGCACAGUCGAAAAAGGUUUCUUUGAAAUUUAAACCCAAGAGGUAAUGGGCACAAAUGUGGUGCACAGUUCUGCCGGAAGGUUCUAAUUUCACUAAGUACUGUUACCAUUUUGCAUACUUUGAGCUCCAGCUUCCAAAUAAGGGCCGCUUGAAAGUUUUGGCACACUUAUAGGCCUACAUUAGUUAAUACUAUGCAUGACAUCUGUACUUGCACCAAAAUAUGCAUUUUCCGGAAAUGAUCAAGAUGUGUCUUAAUAGUUUAAUGUGCCUAAUUUCAGCCGAGUAAAGUUUAUAUAAAGAUGUCGCUACAUUUGAAUUGUGUCACAACUGAGGAGGCGUUUUUAAGAUAACAAUCAGCAGAUGACAUUUGUACAUAUUUGGAAACUUUCGCAAUUCGAACAUUGUCUACAGCAUAUCUGCAUUGCCCUUGCAAUUUAUUGAUACUUCCACCAGAGCCUUUCAUGAUGGAACAAAUUACAUGUUUAUUUGAAUGUGAUGAUGGACUUACUGGUAUCACGUACACCUGAUUAUUUUAUUCUGUCGGAUGUAUUCUUAGUUAUAAAAAUACUGCAGACUGACAGGUGAGUGCCCUUGUAUGAAUUGCUUAGAAUGUGAUGACUUCCCUUUUUGUGUAGAGGCAAUCGCAGAAGGUUUACUUCACAAAUAUUGCUAGUCACAGUGUUCUACCCAGUUAGUCUGUUGUGGACUGUAAACACUUCAUCUAAAGCUAAGGAGAAAGAAUUUUGCACAAAAAAAUUAAAUUGGACUGUAACUAAAA